UAAACAGCGAGUAGUGGCGCACGAUUCCUAGUUGUCCGCAGCUAUGUAUCUGGCUGGGAUGUAUGUCAGUUCAUUGAAGUUCCCAUUCCUCGGUAUUGGAGUGUGGAAGGGGGUUCGGCUGUGGAGACAGAGGUCCUUGGGUACCAGUGCCUGCGCCCUGAAACAAGAUGAUUUCAUAAAAGAACUGGACCAGAAUUUUGUGCGGCUCCAGAAGAAGCUGAUGGAUAGUCUACCUUCCAGCGACUGGAGUCCAUUUACACCCACUGGAGACCUACCACCCGAGCGAGCUGAUGUAGUCAUAGUUGGGGGUGGAGUGAUGGGAUGGUCUAUUGCGUAUUGGCUAAAACAGAAAGAAAACCGCAGGGGAGCUCUCAAAGUUGUGGUGGUUGAGAGGGAUCCAACAUAUUCCCGUGCUUCUACAGUCCUGUCAGCUGGAGGCAUACGUCAGCAGUUCUCCCGACCAGAAAAUAUCCAGAUGUCACUCUUCUCAGCCCAGUUUCUGCGUAAUAUCAAUGAACAUCUUGGUGUUGUCAAUGAGGAUCGUAUAGACAUUCAGUUUAACCCAUCAGGAUACCUGUUCUUGGCCAGUGAGGAAGGUGCUACUAUAAUGGAAGAAAACUACAAUGUGCAGAGAGAGUGUGGCGCCCAAGUGACCCUUAUGUUGCCAGAUCAGCUGAAGAAGAAGUUUCCAUGGAUCAAUACAAAUGGUGUGGCACUUGCUUCCUAUGGUUUAGAGAACGAAGGUUGGUUUGACCCUUGGACACUGCUCAACGCUUUCCGGAGAAAAGCUCUCUCCAUGGGGGUUUAUCAAUGCCAUGGGGAGGUAACAGAUUUUAGCACCGCCAAGCGUGAAAUGAUAACUGCAGAUGGUGACCCAGUGACAUUCAGUAGAAUCGGACAUGUUACUGUACAAAUGCCAAAUAGCCUGGAGAGCCAAAGUGUUGAGUGUUCCCUUGUGAUCAAUGCAGCGGGUGCCUGGUCCUCAAAGGUGGCUGAACUGGCUGGGAUUGGUACUGGGCCAUCAAAUUCAUUAGAAGGGAUAAAGCUUCCCGUGGAGCCCAAAAAGAGAUAUGUGUAUGUCGUUCACUGCCCUAAUGGGCCUGGAUUGGACUGUCCAUUGCUGAUUGACAAUUCAGGUGCCUAUUUUAGAAGAGAAGGAUUAGGAGGCAACUAUAUAGCAGGAAAAUCUCCAGCAGAGGAGGAAGAGCCAGAUAUAAGUAACAUGGAAGUAGAUCAUGAUUUCUUCCAGGAGAAGGUAUGGCCAUUAUUAGCACAUCGGGUGCCAGCUUUUGAAUCCUUAAAGGUUAAAACAUCGUGGGCUGGAUAUUAUGACUACAAUACCUAUGAUCAGAAUGGUGUGGUGGGAAUGCAUCCACUAGUAAACAACUUAUUCUUUGCCACUGGGUUCAGUGGCCAUGGUUUGCAGCACUCACCGGCUGUGGGCCGUGCUGUGGCUGAGCUUAUCGUGGAUGGAGGCUUCAAGACGCUCAAUCUCAGCUCUUUUUCCUUCAGGCGUUUCUGGUCACAGGAGCCUCUCUUGGAGCGGAACAUAGUGUGAGCUACUGGAGAGUAGACCCGAAAAAACUGGUGAAAGAAGGCGCUAGCUGAGAGCCACAGCCAAUUUCCUGCAUUGAGAGACCAGUCUGCAUCCAGGAGCAACUCCUCAAAGACCUAAAGCAAAGAAACAACACUUUGCUUUAAUGAAUUCUUCUAUUUUCUGAUAAUAACCACAUGGAGGGCGUUAGUGGUACCAAAAUUGCCUUACUCUUUCUGGACUACAAAACAAUUGACUUAUCAUUUAUAUUAUUGCAGGCAGAGCAAAUCACUGCCUGUAUGUAUAUAUUUUACAUUGCAUCUUGCAUACACAGCACUGUACAAUUUACAAUUAAUUUCAAAGUUUUAGGACAAAGAACAUACAAUAAAUAUACAAGAUUACACCUCAAAAA